AACGUCACCAUUCUGUCAACUGUCAUACCGGCAUGGCAUUGAAAUAAAAUUAAGGAUAUUUUAUAACAGUACAGCAAGUCAUUUCACAGUAAUAAGACGUGUUAUAUCGGGAAUUAAACACGAUUUCGAGUCAAAACCACUUUUCGUUUCAAUCAGUCCAAAUUACAAGUAGGUGCAACACCGCGAAAGCAUCCAAAAUGGGUAAAAUCAGUGCCGGACCCGUCGUCGACAUCCUGGGGGACGAAAUGACCCGAAUUAUUUGGGACUCAAUCAAGGAAAAACUGAUUCUCCCAUUCCUUGACAUUGAACUACAUACAUACGACUUGGGUAUUGAAAACAGGGACAAAACCAACGACCAAGUCACCAUAGAUUGUGCCGAAGCCAUUAAAAAGUACAACGUCGGAAUUAAAUGUGCCACUAUCACUCCAGACGAAAAACGCGUUGAAGAAUUCAACUUGAAGCAAAUGUGGAAAUCGCCCAAUGGUACCAUCCGUAACAUCCUAGGUGGUACCGUGUUCAGAGAAGCCAUCAUUUGCAAGAACAUCCCGCGGUUGGUAACGUGCUGGAACAAACCCAUCAUCAUUGGGCGUCACGCGCACGCUGACCAGUACAAAGCGACUGACUUUGUAGUCCCUGGAGCUGGUAAACUGGAGAUGGUUUUUACUCCAGCAUCCGGUGACACAAUCCGGUACACCGUCAACGAAUACAAAGGUCCGGGAGUGGCUUUGGGGAUGUUCAACACCGACCAGUCCAUCAAGGACUUUGCACACUCAUCCUUCAAAUAUGCCCUCAACGCCGAAUACCCUCUGUACUUAAGCACCAAAAACACGAUCUUGAAGCGCUAUGACGGUCGCUUUAAGGAUAUCUUCCAAGAGAUCUAUGACAAAGAGUACAAGAGUCAGUUUGAGGCGAAAAAUAUCUGGUAUGAGCACCGCCUGAUUGAUGACAUGGUUGCCUAUGCUAUGAAGUCUGAAGGAGGCUUUGUUUGGGCUUGCAAGAAUUAUGACGGCGAUGUCCAAUCAGAUUCAGUCGCGCAAGGGUAUGGUUCUUUGGGUUUGAUGACCUCAGUGCUGAUAUGCCCUGAUGGUAAGACUGUGGAGUCAGAGGCGGCGCAUGGGACUGUGACGCGUCACUAUAGGUUGUACCAGAAGGGGCAGGAGACGUCCACUAACCCUAUAGCGUCUAUUUUUGCGUGGACAAGAGGGUUGUUGCAUAGGGCGAAGCUGGAUAAUAAUAACGAGUUGAAGAAGUUUGCUGAAACUUUGGAGAAAGUGUGCAUUGAAACUAUUGAGUCUGGAUUCAUGACUAAGGAUUUGGCGAUUUGUAUUAAAGGGAUGAAUCAUGUGAAGAGGGAGGAUUAUUUGGAAACUUUCGAGUUUAUGCAGAAGUUGGCUGAUAAUUUGAAGGCGAAAGUGUCAGCAUGACUAGCUACUAGUCAUUUAUAAUUAUUAUUUUUUUAUUUUCCGUACUGUUUGUUUAAGGCUUUUUUUGCAUGCUUGUACUCUCGGUGAGGGAUGUAUUUCUAUGGAUGUUUUAAUAAAAACUAUAAAGGUGA